CUUCCCUUCUAUCAGAUUGAGGUUAUAAUUUCAAGAUGGUGGGUGUUAUGUCGGAUUCGGAUAGCGAAGACGAGUUACCACCGGGUUGGGAGGAACGAGCUACGUUAGAUGGCAACGUUUACUACGUAAAUCACUAUACCAAGGGAACCCAAUGGAUGCAUCCUCGUACUGGACGUAAAAAAGUUGUAGAAGGAGAACUACCACCUGGUUGGGAAAAAUGUAUUUCUGAAAACGGUAAAGUUCUAUUUGUUGAUCACGUCAAUCGCACAACUACAUACACAGAUCCACGCUUAGCCUUUGCCACGGAGUACAGAGAGAUGUCACAGCCAAUUCGACAGAGGUUUGAUGCCAGUAGCACAGCACUGUCUGUACUACAUGGCAGAGAUCUUAAAGGCAAAGUGGCAGUGAUUACUGGCGCUAAUUGUGGCAUAGGUUUUGAAACUGCCAAGUCCUUGGCUUUACAUGGCUGCAAAGUAAUCCUAGCCUGCCGAAACCCGGAUAGAGGCCAAGAAGCUGUAAACAAAAUAAUAAAGGCAAAGGAAAAUGUUGAGUGUGAAUUACUACACUUGGAUCUAAAUAAUCUAGAAAAUGUUACCGAAGCUGCCUCCAAACUCAAGCUUGAAUACACAAAGAUUGAUAUACUCAUAUUGAAUGCUGGAGUCUUUGGAAUGCCACACUUAAUAACUGUAAAUGGUUAUGAAUCAACGUUUCAAACAAAUCAUCUGGCACAAUUUUAUUUCACAAUGUUACUGGAGCCCCUCAUACACAAUACGGAUAAUGCUAGAAUUGUUGUUUUAUCAAGUGAAUCGCACAGAUUCUCUUUUAUAAAAUCUCCAGAUGAUAUUCAUCCCUCAGUCUUGUCACCACCAGCAAGUAGCUAUUGGGCAAUGGGGGCGUACAAUAACUCAAAGCUCUGUAACGUUUUAUUCGCUGUAGAAUUAGCCAAACGGUGGCCGUUAGUUGCUGUGUUUUGUUUACACCCUGGAAAUAUGGUGUCUACAGAUAUAUCUAGACACUGGUGGCCUUGGAGAUUAUUGUUCGCUUUGGCACGCCCAUUCACAAAAUCAUUGCAACAAGCCGCUAGCACGUCUGUAUUUUGUGCAACUGCACCAGAACUUGAAGGAGCAACAGGUAUUUAUUUCAACAAUUGCUAUCGGUGUGAUCCUUCUGCUGCUGCUCAAGAUUCAGCAUUAGCUGAAAAACUAUGGAGCCUCAGUGAAGAGAUGUUACUCAACGUUCUUGGUAAAGAGAAGCUGGGUUAUCGCCUGGCAGAUAAUGAAAAAUACAAUUUGACUGCCUGAACAAAUUUCAUUGACAGAUUCUUCGUAUCCUUAUUAUAUGAAUAUUUGUUUCAUGCUUUGAUAUUUCUAUUAAUUUUAUACCACAACGACAACGACAUUAAUCCAAUGAAAAUAAUAUAUAAUUCUACUGUACAUGAUGUUUUUAUUUAAGGAACUAUAAAUACAUGGGUUAUUAAUUUUGGUAAAAUUCUUUCAAAUAAUCGGCUUUUGGUUUCAAUAUUGCCUUGUCCUUGAGGACGACGACCCAGCCUGGCUCGAGUCCAUAGAAUAUUUGACGAGGGUCUUUACGUUCAGACAGCAUUUCAUAUUGAGGAUCUUCCUCAAUUUUCGGAAGAUUAUAGCCGUACUUUUGCGCUAGCACCAAGCGCUCGUGAGAUAUUUUUUCUGGGUCUGCUAAAUAUCCACGAGAUGCUGCGCUUGAAUAAUACUCCAAGCAAUCCAUGGGGGGCAACAUUCUUCUUGGAAUAGCUU